UGCGUCAUUAGCGUGCGACUCCAGCUACAAAACUGGUCUGGGUUGACAAAGUAUGGCAGCUGCUGAGGCGGCGGUGGUAUCGUCAUCUUUGGAAACAGACACGGCCCGGGUCCCUGAAACUGCAGGAACAGCCGCAGCAACGGCCGCCACCUCAUCAGCGACGGCUGCAGCCGCGGCGGUUGCGACCGCCGCCAGGACCGGAUCCGAAGCCACGGCCUCCAAGGCCGCUUUGGCUACUAAGCUGCUGUCCCUGAGCGGCGUGUUCGCCGUGCACAAGCCCAAAGGGCCCACUUCAGCCGAGCUGCUGAAUCGGCUGAAGGAGAAGCUGCUAGCAGAAGCUGGAAUGCCGUCUCCAGAAUGGGCCAAAAGGAAAAAGCAGACUUUGAAAAUUGGACAUGGAGGGACACUAGACAGUGCUGCCCGAGGAGUUCUGGUGGUUGGAAUCGGAAGGGGAACAAAAAUGUUGACCAGUAUGUUGUCAGGGUCCAAGAGGUACACCGCCAUUGGGGAGCUGGGGAAAGCUACUGACACGCUAGAUUCCACUGGCAAAGUAACAGAAGAAAAGCCUUACGAUAAAAUAACACAAGAAGAUAUUGAAGGCAUUCUGCAGAAAUUUACUGGGAAUAUAAUGCAGGUACCUCCCCUCUAUUCUGCAUUAAAGAAAGACGGACAGAGACUUUCAACCUUGAUGAAGAGAGGUGAAGUAGUAGAAGCGAAACCUGCCAGGCCAGUUACGGUGUACAGUCUCUCCCUUGAGAAAUUCCAGCCACCAUUUUUCACACUAGAUGUUGAAUGUGGAGGAGGUUUUUAUAUCAGAAGCUUGGUCAGUGACAUUGGCAAAGAACUGUCUUCCUGUGCCAACGUCCUAGAGCUGACCCGAACCAAGCAGGGGCCAUUUACACUAGAAGAGCAUGCCCUUCCUGAAGACAAGUGGACAAUUGAUGACAUCGCCCAGUCUCUGGAACAUUGCUCGUCUCUUCUCCCGGCAGAGCUGGCACUUAAAAAGUCAAAACCUGAGGAGUCUAAUGAACAAGUUUUGAGCUGUGAAUAUAUAACCCUAAAUGAGACAAAGGGAGAAGAGGAUAGAAUUAAGGCCUCUUAAGAUUGGCUUGGGGUUGUCGUCAUUUCUUGGUUGACAUUUGAGUCCUGUGUACAGAAUGGCAAGCUACAUGCAAGAGAUGAACAACUGUUCUUUUUUUCUUCCUGCAUGAUUUUUUUUCGCAUGAAGAAAAAUGUCCAUCAUUGACAGUUUCUCUGGUGUACAAUUUAUCUGCUCUACAUUAUAAAUAACUUUGCAGUGACUUAUUCA